AUGCUGCAACGCGCUGCGGCUGCUGCCGCCCCAAAACGCUGGUGGCUUGCAAACAGCGGCUCCGCACCGCUCCUCGCGCCGGCCUACGCAGCACACCAGCGUUCGGUGCCGCGGCUGCCCAUCCCGCCGCUCGGCGAGACGCUCGAGCGCUACCUGCGAGCAGCACAGCCGCUGCAGACGCUGGAGGAGCACGCAAUUACGCGGGCGGCAGUCGCACAGUUCUUCGAUACCGAUGGGCCCGGGCUCCAGCGCCUCCUCGAGGAGGCUGACGCCGCACUUCCGCACGACUCAUCGUACCUCGAGUCGCUGUGGUACCGACUCGCCUACCUCGGGCCCCGCUCUCCGGUGCCGAUCCACGCCAACCCGUGCUUCACCCUCGCCCCGCCCUCGCGCCACACGCCGCCUCUGGAGCGCGCCGCCGGGCUCCUCGCCAAGGCGGCACA